AUGAUCGACCAACGAAUUUUUGAGGAUCUCCAGACCAAGAUCGACGAGGAGACUACCGUCCGUGACGCCGGUCUACGCAGGCUAUUCUCUCAAGGGCACACUCUACCCCUGCUAAUCAGCCCUGUGCUUGACGAUGCUGCCGUCGAGAUUCUCGCUCAGAAACAAGAGGUCCUCCGUCUGAAAGCUGUUGCGGACCAGCAUCCGUUCUACAAGUACAAUGCACUUUGGACCCGCGAGUUGCAGAACCUGGUUACCUCGAUCGAGCUGUGUGCCUGGCUUGGCGGACUGCAGGAGCACAAAGGCCUGAGCUCGGCUUCGUUCCUGACGAUCGAAGAAGUGGGCAAGUUUCUAGAGAUUCCUGUCAACCUGAAAGAGGAAGAUGCAUUCCACCUUACGAUCGAGGAGUACCUUCUGGCCUUGAUUUCGGUGGUCGAGGAGCUGUCGCGCCUGGCCGUGAACUCGGUCACCCUUGGUGACUAUGACCGCCCUCUUCAGAUUGGUAACUUCAUCAAGGAUCUCUUUGCUGGGUUCCAGCUGCUCAACCUGAAGAAUGAUAUUCUCCGUAAGCGGAGUGAUGGGAUCAAGUACAGCGUCAAGAAGGUCGAAGAUGUGGUCUACGAUCUGUCGCUGCGAGGUCUGGUUCCCAAGGGCAGUGCUGCUGCAUGA